CGAAACUUGUUCAUCUCAUCGAAGAAGUCCUUCCAAAGCAUUACAUUUAUCGGUGGCUCAACCAUUAGCCUUUGUAGUAAUCUUUGACGUAGCACAUUUCCAAGAAUAUUUUAUAGAUUGGACAAAGAUGAUAAAAUGUGUUACAACCUAUUUAUACCUUUAUUUUAUUAGAAUAUCAAACAACUCGAGAGCUCAAAUUAAACCGAACAAAAGAAAGCGAGAGCGAGAGGAAAAUUAUUUCGACUAUGUGUAUGAUAUUGUUACAACAGGCCGUGGUUGGCAAUUUUUGCUAUACAGUCCAUGGCAAAUUUCAAAAGAAAGUGAUACCGCCCUUACUAUUAAAUUUACCGAGAAGGCCUUGAAAAAAAUUUUGGAGGAAUAUCUCGCUUUACGUAAGAAUGAAAAAAUGUAUUGGGUGUUAUUGCUAGUUUGUUUGUUAAAGGAUAGGGCGCGUGUCGAACAAUCUCCAGCUACAAAAAGGGAGGAUAUCGCGUCAUAA